AUGUCCCAUCCCCCUCCCCCCGCCAUUGCAGCCAUGACCCUUCCCGCUCUCAUCGCCUUCACCCCAGCCCAGGACUCAAGCGACCUCUGGAAGGACGGGCGGCAGCAACCGCAGCCACAGCCGCAGCCGGAGCCGGAGCUUCCCUUGGACGGGGCCGCCGCCCGGGACUUCUAUGAAUCCGUGGUGGGAAGCACGGGGGACGCCCCUACCCGGUCCCCUAGCCCCCCACGGGUGCCUCCCAAGGGGAGAAAAAGGACGCAGAAGACUAGGCUGGAGAGAGCCGGGGCAGCGGCGGAAGCGCCUAUAGCCUACGGUGAGAGCGCGAGGGCCCGGGAGCGACAGACGGCGCAGCUUCUGAGAGCCGCGCAGGAUGGGGACGUGCGGCAGCUGCGCGCCCUGUUGGAGCCCCGCGGCCCAGGGACUCGCGGGGGCGACGUCAACGCCCGGGACGCCGCCUGGUGGACCCCGCUAAUGUGCGCAGCCCGAGCAGGCCAGGGGCCUGCCGUGCGCUACCUUCUGGCUCGAGGGGCCGCCUGGGUUGGUGUUUGUGACCUCGGAGGCCGCGACGCCGCUCAGCUGGCAGAAGAGGCGGGCUUCUUCGAGGUGGCCCGGAUUGUCCGAGAGAGCCGUGGAGAGGAAAUCUCUGAGAGCCGGCCCUGCUUUCCAUUGCCCCCAAAAUACUGUGAGACUUGUGGCUCCCAUUACCAAGACUCUAAUCACAACAGUUCUACUGCUCACCUCCUGUCUCUGUCACAUGUGCCUAGGCCACCACACUUGCCCCCAGGUGUCCCUGCCUCUAGCCCUGGCUUCAGGUUAUUGGUAAAAGGGGGCUGGGAACCUGGAUUGGGACUGGGCCCCCGGGGUGAAGGGCGGACUGCUCCCAUUCCCACAGUCCUCAAGAGAGACCAGGAAGGUUUGGGAUAUAGGCCAACUCCCCAGCCCAGAGUCACACAUUUCCCUGCUAGGGACCCUCGGGCUGUGGCUGAGAGGAAAAGAGCACCUCGGGCAGCUACUUUGAGCAAGAGAGAGGAGAAACAUCAAGAAGAGAAGAGGAGAGCUUGGGAAUGGAACCUACGGACUUAUAUGAACCUUGAUCUCUGAUUCUGACUACAUAAACAAUUCUGAGUAUAGAAUCUUUGGAGACCUGUGACUGCCUACCCUCAGGGAAUCACAUUUGAACCAAUCCCUUUGGUCUUCUAGAACUGCUGGAACCUUAAGUUUUUAUGCAUAGGUUGAUUUCUCUCUGCUUAGAGUUGAGAAAUAAAACUGCCUUUUCCAA